AGCACAACUAUGAAUCAUGGGAAAACCGAAAUUCUUAAAGCAAAACACGAGUUCUUUCUAAACUUAGGAAUAAGUUUGAUCUUGAGAUAUAUUAUGGUGAGAAUGGCGGAAGGUACAAAGAACUGCUUUUUGCGCGUACCUUUCUUGCUGUUGCCGAUUGUCCUACGCGUUCAAGGUCAGACUUAUCAUAUCAGUUUCGCUUGACUGCACUGCAAGAUGUGUCCACCAGGCACCCAUUGGGUCAGUGACUGUACCUCUGACGGACAGCAAGAUAUCUGCGCACCCUGCCCUAUUGGAUAUUACCAGUCCUGGUAUAACAUUGCAUAUUGGUGUGUUCCUUGUAGCACGGAAUGUCCAGGCCAUGACAAUGACUCAAACAUUGUUCAAGUAGCUGCAUGUACAAACACAUCUAACCUGAAAUGUGCGUGUAGUGAAGGGUACAGGAUGCAUCAUGCGCGGCAUCAUAGGCAUGAUAGGAAACCAAUUUGUAUACAUGUGACAUCUUGUCAUGAAGGUGAAGGGGUAAAGCAGCAAGCGGGCGAUAAUGUUGACACGAAGUGUGAACCAUGUAUAUCUGGCUUCACAUUCUCAAACAUCAAUUCUACGACAGAGCCCUGUACGCACUGUACCGUGUGUAGUGGUAAUGAAGUUGUUGUCACUCAAUGUACCACCUCUAAGGACACCGUCUGUGGACUGAAAGAACAACACUACGACAUCCGAGUACUAGAUGAGGACAAUCAUUUCUGGUUUGAGAACACAGAAUCAAACGAGUCAAUCAGAAUCACAUUAUCUUGGUUAUUGACUUGCCUUUGUUUCUUUACACCGUAUCAAAGCACACAAUUGUAUGUGAUUUAUUAAUAUAACCCUGUUUUUGUUUUAAUAUUAUUAUUAUUAUUAGAAGUAGUAUCAUCAUUAUCAUCAUCAUCAUCAUCAUCAUCAUCAUCAUCAUCAUCAUCAUCAUCAUCAUCAUCAUCAUCAUUAUCAUCAUCAUAAUCAUUAUUAUUAUUAUUCCUCGCUGUUAUCAACGCUUUUCACUCAUGAUACCACUAUAUGUAUAAAGACAUUUUAUGAACAUGUAGGCACUUGUGGCGAGUUUGUUUGUAGCUAUGUCCCAAUAUAUGCUAGAAUUAUUUUUUAUGUCAAUGUCUAAAUUGUAGCUCAUUUCGAUUCUAUGCUAUCCAAUUCUGCUACAUUUACACUGUUUGAAUCAUUUCUCUUCAGUGUCAAGAUUUGCAAAUACUCAUGUACAGCAGUUGUUAUAUUAAAUGUGUUGCCGGACAUUUAUUUUGUAGGUUCUUUCGUGAAAGAAAACUCAUUUUAGCUGAAAUAUAUAUUUGUAAUGAUACUAUAUAUCAUUUAUAUAUCAAAGAUGAAAAUUAUAUAAAGUAAUUCAUCGAAUGUAAUAGCAAUACAAUUGAUUAUACACAAAUAAAAGUGCUGUAAUAUCCGAAGGUAUAUAAACUAUUUUUACGAUCUGUAACAAACUUAUUUUGUAAGUAGUAUCAUAUGUGUAAGUUACACAAAUGUCUUAUAGUAUUGUAUUUUUAUAUAUGUUUGAGCUAGAAGUUACCUUGAAUGCAAAUAAAAGUUGUUGGUGUUGUUGAACAUAUGUGAAAAUUAUAUAUGAUGUAUGUGGUAAUGUUGUAUAUUAUCCCGUAUAUAUAUCUGCACGUUACUCUGACUUCCAAAUCCCAUGCAAAGAAAAUUCCCCAAACAUGUUUAAGUGUUAAGUGGCAAUAUUGGUUUAUAGCAGAUAACAUUCGU